CUUUUUUUAAUUAUAAUUUUAAAUGGUAAACUACAGAAAGUUUUGACAUGAACUUAUACUUAAGUGAUUAAAGUUUAUCAAUCGAUGACACGGGUAUCAUAAUAUAAGACUGAGAGCAUAAUUUGGGACGCUUAAACUGCAAACACAAUUAACGAAAAUGGCAAUGACAGAAGAUCAGCUAAAGGAAUUAGAAGAUACAUUCUUACUUUUUGACAAAACUGGUGACCAGGAACUCGAUAUUGAAGAAGCAGGAAAAAUGUGGAGAUCAACAGGAUUAAAUCCGACCAAAUCAGAAAUACAAGAGAUGUUCAACGAAAUUGACCAAGAUGGUCGUGGAACGAUCGACUGCAAAGAAUUUAUAUCAUGGAUGUCAACAAAUGGAAACAAGAAUUUUGUUGAUAACUUGGAGGAAGAAAUGAGAGAAGCAUUCAAAGUAUUUGAUAGAAAUGGUGACGGUUUCAUAGAUAGAAAAGAAUUCAAACGUAUCAUGACUGAACUUGGAGACGAACCCUUGACCUCUGAAGAAUUAGAAAAGCUGAUGGGAAAAUACGACGAAGAUGGAGACGACAAAAUAAGCUAUGAAGAAUUCAUACCAGGUUUUGUUGAAAUGGCGCGAAUCAGAGAUGCAUUUGAAGUAAAAGAAGAUGACGAACAAACAAACAAUGAAAAUGAAUACUAAACAUCAUAAUUCAUAAUAGACUGAAAUGUUAAACAUUUGUAUUUGUUUUAGUUAUUAGUGCAAUAUAUUCUCAUCAAGCUUCA